GUCAAAAUUGACGGACGCGGAUUGCAAGAGAAUCGGAAUCAAAACAGAAAAUACAAAAAUAUUUAUUUGUUAGAUAUUAUUAUUUUAUAUUUCAUAUAAAAUGUUUGCUGAAAAAGUUAUGGAGUUGUUGAAAGAAGCAGAAAGAAAUCCUGACACCAUCGACCCAUUCAAUGAUGAAAAAAUGCGUCAAAUAUUGGAAGAAAUGCAUUUAUUAUUUAAAAUGAAUAUGAAUGACGCUAAUGCAACAACAGAGAACAAAUCACUGUGGACCACAGUGCAAGUGCGGCACUCAGCAUUAGAGCGCAACAAGCGGUGUCUCCUAGCACACCUGUACGAUAGAAUGAACAAGAUCAAGACGCUUCGGUGGGAGUUCGGCUCAGUACUGCCUCCAGAUGUUAGAGAAUUGCUUUCGGAUGAGGAGUACCAGUGGUUCAGUAAAUACUCAACAAAUCUGGCAUCUUAUAUGAGAUCCUUAGGACAGGACAUAGGCUACAGCGGCAUAGACCUUACAGAGAACUUGAAACCUCCAAAAUCCCUGUACAUAGAAGUUUUAUGCAUGACUGACCACGGCAAGCUGGAGUUGGAAGACGGUGACGUCAUCACAUUGAAGAGGAACAGUCGACACUUCCUCCCCACUGCGGAAUGUCAAACACUCAUAAGACAGGGGAUAUUAAAGCAAAUUGUAUGAUAUAAGUGGAAUGUUAGAAUAAAU